AUGCCUCGUAGACAAACGAGCCAGAACUUUAGGGCCGAAGACUAUCAAGCUGCUCUCCGUGCCGCACAACAGAACUUGAAUGAACGCCGCAACGCAGAACAGGCACCAGUCCAACAAGCAUCCUGUCAUAACCGCUCAAGUGGUAACGGAAACAACGACAACUCACUCCUCGUCGACUGGCUCAAUGAACCAGCCAACUUCCUUUUACUCCAACACGUUCAUCGUACCCCCGGCGGAAUGGAAGAAGCCCGAGCCAUCGAUCGCUCAGGGGACGCUCGCCGCCUAACGGAGACAACAAAUCGCUGGAUACGUGAAUCGUACGAGUCAGAGAUGGGACCACUAAAUACUAAGUUGCAGCAACAGGACGAUGUCUAUGCUCAGUUGAGGGCCGAGCAACGCGAGGACGACGAGAACCUGCGACGACGCGGUCUGCCUGUCCCUCCGUACCGCCCUGAAGAUCAUGAAGGGUUUGAGGAGCACCCAGAUCACCCUGCAAACGAGCACCAGCACAUGAAUGGUAGCCGUGGUGCAUCCAGUGGCCGUGGUCCAGGAAGCUCAGGUCACCACGGUAGUCGACGCUAG